CUUCUACGCCUGGAUCGAAAACGAGCCUUUUGCUGUCCACGUGGCUAGCUCAACGGCUUUUGUCUCGAGGCAUACAAUGGUUCGAGAACAGUCGGAAGGCUAAUUUGGUAUAAAGUGCAGGGAAAGCAACAUGAGGCUAAGUGAGCCAUGUAAUGUCAUGCCAUGCCAUGUUGGGUUGGGUUGGGUUGGGUUGGGUCUACAGCUAGCUAGAGCUGUCAGAAGCACAAUCCUACCUAGUUCGGGCUGGGAUGCGAGGCGUAGAUGUACUCUUCCUCGGGCCGGGGUACUAGCUGGUAUAAUUGAACGCUGUGUAACAUUGGUGGGUGGGUGGAGGAUAAGAUAUAGUCUGUUUACCACUACUCGAUUAUAGGAGAUGGAACGUGUCCUUGAUGUGCGCUUUCGCUUGUAG